ACUUGUUCGACUGCCUCUUGCUGGAGAUUAGAAAGAAUGCAAGUUUAAGACCCUUCCACAUUGGCUUCAUUUCACAUACCUGGAACUCUGUCCAUUAAUUAUAUACUGUCAAUGGUUUAAACUGAGAUAAUCUGUCAAAGUUACUAACAGUAAUCAAUCCGAAACAUGAAAUAACAUCAGCUUGAAACAAGUAACAACAGGAGGUUUGAUAAUGAGGUCAGCCUGUUGCUGUGGGUGAUUCCUGACUUGAAAAGGUUAAAAGGAACCAGAAGCAGAGUUUGAGCUCAGCUCUUCAUGGAAGCCACAAAAUGUUUUCAGUGAGUGUAGUAAUAGAAAUAUACUAGAUGUCUUUAUGUCUUGGUAUCUCUGGAACAUUUAUAGUCUCCACUAAAGUUUAAAAGCGAGUAAUGUAGCUUUGAUCAAAAGUGUUUGUAUUGUCUGUACAAGAGGUUUAAUUAUCCUGUAAAUCAUGAUUAACUCUACACCUGUUUCAUAUUUCACUCUUGCUGCUUACUUUGACACCGGCGUUUUAAAAUACUUAUAUUUCCUGAUUAUAAUGUCUUUAUAUGUUUUUAUAGUUUGUGGAAAUUCUUUGCUCAUUGUGAUUAUCUGUAUGAACAGAAGCUUACAUGAACCUAUGUACAUAUUUCUGUGCAGCCUGUUUGUAAAUGAACUGUAUGGUAGUACAGGGUUGUUUCCAAUGCUUCUGGUUCAGAUUCUCUCUGACAUUCACACUGUUUCUGCUUCAUUUUGUUACCUGCAGAUUUUUUGUGUGUACACAUAUGCAAGUAUACAAUUUAGUAAUUUAGCUGUCAUGUCUUAUGACAGAUAUCUCGCUAUCUGUUGUCCUCUACAAUAUAACACACUUAUGACAUCUAACAACAUUGCCAUUCUUAUCACUCUAACAUGGUUAUACCCAUUUCUUGCUAUUUUUAUUUUAAUAUCUUUGAGUGUUCCUCUACAACUGUGUGGGAACAUCAUUAACAAAGUGUACUGUGACAACUACUCCAUUGUCAAACUGGCCUGCUCCAACACAACAGUCAAUAAUAUCUAUGGAAUAGUUUACACUUUUACAACAGUUAUUCUUGUACUUUUAAUAUUUUACACUUACAUGAAGAUCCUUAAAGUUUGUUUUUCUGGUUCCAAACAGACCAGACAAAAAGCUGUCAGCACCUGCACACCUCACCUUGCUUCUCUGCUCAACUUUUCCUGUGGCUGUUUCUUUGAAAUAGUGCAGAACAGAUUUGAUAUGAAACGUGUACCAAAUAUGUUGCGCAUUUUUUUAUCAUUAUACUGGCUUACAUGUCAGCCAGUCUUCAAUCCUGUAGUCUAUGGACUGAAUAUAACCAAAAUACGCAUUACAUGUAAAAGUGUGGUGUUCGGUAAAAUGUAACUUCUUACAAUCUGUCUGAACCUCUUUUAACAUUUAUUUAAAUGUAUAAUAUACAACAUGGAAUCAUUAAACAGAAUAUAAACUCUA